CUCCAACCGAUCCACAACCCCUCCACUCCCCAACAUGAAGUUCUUCACCGUCGCCGCCCCCAACCCCGAGGGCAAUGUCCCUGCCGUCAAGCUCACGAAAGAGACCCUCAAUGCCAUUGCGGCCGCAUAUCCCGACCUCCACAAGCGAGAGUGCAGCUUUGACUUUAUGUGGGUGUGUUUUUUGCGUCUAGAUAUGAAUUCGGGAGGAAGUCACCACCAUGAUCAAUGCUGGGAUUUUGUUGAAGUAAUCCGUGAUGAGUUGGGAUGUGAAUGGUAGAGUCAGGGGUUGUGUCAGGGUACGGCUAGGCCGAAGGCAAUAGUACAGAGUGAUGGGGAGUAAUGGGCGUCCCUCCUGCUUAGCAUCGGGUGCUCACUGACGGUCACUAGCGG